CGUGGCUGUGGAGUUCACCCAGGAGGAGUGGCAGCACCUGGGCCCUGCUCAGAGGACCCUGUACAGAGAUGUGAUGCUGGAGAUCUACAGCCACCUCGUCUCAGUGGUUGAAUCGACACAGUUUUUUGCACUCUCCUAAAAGCCACAGAAAAUGAAAAAAUUUCAGGCAUCAGUGUCAUUCAAGGACGUGGCUGUGGAGUUCACCCAGGAGGAGUGGCAGCAACUGGGCCCUGCUCAGAGGACCCUGUACAGAGAUGUGAUGCUGGAGAACUACAGCCACCUCGUCUCAGUGGGGUACUGCUUUGCAAAACCAGAACUAAUCUUUGCGUUGGAACAAGAAGGCCCAUGGUUAUUAGAGGAAGAAAUUCUAAAUGGGAGAUAUACAGAAGACUGCCAACAUGAUGAACUCAUAGAGAGGAGCUCAGAAAACCAAGGCAAACAGUGGUGGCAAGUUUUAUUCACAAAUAAAAUAUUAAUUGAAGAGCAAGAGAACAUUUCAGGAACAGCAUGUUAUAUGGACAUAAACAUUUUUCCUUCAAGAAAAAUGCCCUAUAAACGUGACACUACAGGACUUCCAUAUCUUAGUCUAACCUCAUCGGCCCCACAUUGUCAGUAUUUAAGAAAGAAGGCGGAUGAGUUUAAUGUACAUGAGAAAUGGUGCCUCAGUAUUAAGGAAGGCAGAAUUAAUACUGGAGAGAAAGAUUUUCAUUAUAAUAAAAAUGUGAAAGUCCUCAGACGGAAGGAGGUCAUUCAGGGUCAGACAGUUCAGAUUUUGGGGCAAGCUUUUGAAUAUAAUGAAUGUGGAAAAGCUUUCAUUGAACAGGUUGCCCUCUUUACAACUAAGAAUGCCCACACAAAAGAGAAAUCUUAUAAACACAAUGAGUUUGGGAAAAACCUAUGUGAUAAUUCUACUUUUAGUGGCUCUCAGAACGUUCCUAAAGAAGACAGCAGUCAUUAUGAAUUAAAUGAAUCUAAUUGUAAUGAAAAUGGGAACAAUUUCAGUAGCAUUAUGCAAAUGCCAAGAACUGACAUAGGAGAGAAUACUUUCAACCCUAAAUUGAACUUAACAGAAAAUCAAAUAAUUCAUACAGGGGUCAAACCCUGUGAUUAUGGAAAAUGUUUUGGUCCUAAUUCACAUCCAUUUCAGCCUCAGAAAAGUCACACAGAGGAGAGACCCUAUGAAUGUGGGAAAGCUUUCAGUAAGAAAUCAUGCCUAAGGAAACAUCAGGUAAUUCACACUAGAGAGAAACCCUUUGAAUGCAAUGAAUGUGGGAAAAUGUUCAAUUAUAAGUCAAUCUUCAUGGCACAUCAAAGAACCCAUACAGGGGAGAAACCCUUUGAAUGUAAUGAAUAUGAGAAAUCUCUCAGCCAUAUUUCAGGCCUAAGGACUCAUCAGAGAAUUCACACAGUGGAAAAGCCAUAUAAAUGUGAUGUAUGUGGAAAAGCUUUCAGACUGAAAUCAGCCUUAAGAAAGCAUCAUAGAACUCACACAUGGGAGAAACCCUAUAAAUGUCAUCAGUGUGGAAAAGCUUUCAGUGAGAAAUCACAACUCAGAGGACAUCAUAGAAUUCACACAGGGGAGAAACCCUUUAUAUGUAAUCAGUGUGGAAAAGCUUUCAGCCAUAAAUCAAAUCUCAGAGAACAUCAGAGAACUCAUACCGGGGAGAAACCCUAUAAGUGUGCUGAAUGUGGAAAAUCUUUCAGGCAUAAAUCAACUCUCAGAGGACAUGAGAGAACUCACACAGGAGAGAAACCAUAUGAAUGUAAUGAAUGUGGAAAAGCUUUCAGUGAGAAGUCAGUCCUAAGAAGACAUCAGAGAACUCAUACAGGAGAGAAACCAUAUAAAUGUGAUGGAUGUGAGAAAGCUUUCAGUACUAAGUCAGGUCUAAGAAUACAUCAGAAGAGUCACACAGGGGAGAAACCCUUUGAAUGCAAUGAAUGUGGGGAAUCUUUUGACUAUAAGUCAUUCCUCAUAAUACAUCAAAGAACUCACAAAGGAGAGAAACCAUUUGAAUGCAAUGAAUGUGGGAAAUCUUUCGACUACAAGUCAACCCUCAUGAUACAUCAGUCAAUUCAUACAGGAGAGAAACCUUUUGAAUGUACUGAAUGUGAGAAAUCUUUCAGCCAUAUUUCAGGCCUAAGGAAACAUCAAAAAACUCACACAGGGGAAAGACCAUAUAAAUGUGUUGAAUGUGGGAAAGCUUUCAAACUGAAGUCAGGCCUAAGAAAGCAUCACAGGACUCACACAGGGGAGAAACCGUAUACAUGUAAUCAGUGUGGAAAAGCAUUUGGUCAGAAAUCACAACUCAGAGGACAUUAUAGAAUUCACACAGGGGAGAAACCUUAUAAAUGUAAUCAGUGUGGAAAAUCAUUCAGCCAGAAAUCAUGUCUCAGAGAACAUCAGAAGACUCACACUGGGGAGAAACCCUAUAAAUGUGAUGAAUGUGGAAAAUCUUUCAGGAAGAAAUCUAGUCUCAGAGGACAUCAUAGAACUCACACAGGAGAGAAACCCUAUGCAUGUAAUGAAUGUGGAAAAGCUUUCAGUGAGAAGUCAGUCCUAAAAAGACAUAAGAGAACUCACACAGGAGAGAAACCGUAUGAUUGUAAUCAGUGUGGAGAAUCUUUCAGCCAGAAAUCAAAUCUCAUAGUACAUCAGAGAAUUCACACAGGGGAGAAGCCCUUUGUAUGCAGUGAAUGUGGGAAAUCAUUUGACUAUAAAUCAAACCUCAUAAUACAUCAGAGAACUCACACAGGGGAGAAACCUUUCAUAUGUAAUGAAUGUAAGAAAUCUUUCAGUCAGAUUUCAGUUCUAAGAAAUCAUCAGAGAAUUCACACAGGGGAAAGACCAUAUAAAUGUGAUGAGUGUGAGAAAGCUUUCAAAGUGAAGUCAGGCCUAAGAAAGCAUCAUAGGACACACACACGUGAGAAAACCUGUAAAUGUAAACUCAGUGUGGAGAAUCUUUCAGCCAGAAAUCAAAUUUCAGAGUUUAUCAGAGACCUCAUACCAGUAGGAAACCCUAUAAAUGUAAUUAGUGUGGAAAAUCUUUCAGACAGAAAUCAUAUGUCAGAGGACAUCAGAGAAAUCACACAGCAGAGAAACCCUAUGAAUGUAAUGAAUGUGGAAAGCUUUCGGUGAGGAAUAAGUUAGCAGAGAACUUACAGGAGAGAAGUGGUACAAUUGUUUAUAGUAUGGAGACUCUUUCAGCCAGAUAUCAAACUUUAGAGUAUCUCAGAAUACUCAUAUGGGAGAAACCAUAGAAAUGUGAUGAAUGUGGGAAAACAUUCGGCCAAAAAUCAAGCCUUUGAGAAUAUCAGAAAUCUCACACAUAGGAUUAAACCUGUGAACAUAAAGAAUGUGGGAAAUUCUGGGCUGGAAAUCCAGACUUGGAAAACAGCCAAGAACAUGUACAGGCUAGAAACCCUGCAAAGAAAUGAAGAAUUGAAAUUCCUGUGCAAGAAUGAUCCUUCUUAAAAUGUCAGAGAACUUACACAAGAAAUUCUUGAAACAUAUUUUAUUAUGGAAAGUUUUCAACUAGAUUUCAGUCCUCAUUGGAUAUCAGAGAAUUCAACCAAGAAAGAAAUCCUGUACAGAUAUUUAAUAUGGGAAAUAUACUGUGUGAAAUCAACCUUAAAGAAACAUAGCAGACAAGCUCAGAGUAAGUAAAAAUGGGAACACUUUGUGCAAGCAGUCAUAACUCAUUCAUGAUCAGAGAAAUCACCCAGCAAUAAAACAAGAAUGUAAUAAAUGUAUAGUAACUACAAACAAUAAGCCUCCUUCCUCAGUAGAGAAGUAAUUACGUUGAGGGUGAAGAACUCAUAUCAAACACAAAGAAAGAGACUUCAUAAAGGUAGUGAAUGUAGGAAAUCUUCAGUAGGUCAUCCCUCAAUUUGACUUACAUGUAGUUAAUCUCCGUAUAUCAAAUACUGACUACAGUUCAACAAUAACCAUUGCAUCUUUUCCCUUGUAACACAUGACUAUGUUUCCAAAGCACUCCUUCAUCCAAGUGGGAUCAUAAAACCGACCUCUGAUUAGCGGAAUGUAGGAGUCAGUAACAAAUCUCAUUAGAGGUAUCCCUCAAAAUCUUGGCGUUGUCUCCUGCCUCUCAUCAAAAAGGAGAGAUUAUCACCAUGGAAGCCAUGGAACUCGUGCACUGAUGAUGGAGAGUACCAGAUUGAAGGAGCCAGGUUGAAAGAGUGACCAUGAAAUAGAGUUUCUCUUCCAUGUACACAGUUGGACUUUCUGUGACAAGGAAAUAAACUUGUCUUCUGCUGACCUUCUGUAGGUUUAGGUGUACUUGAUACUGAAGUAUACUGACCAUAGGUCAAUAAAACUUAAAAAUAUGACUUCUGCGUGACAUACAAAUUCAAUGUGUAUCAGAAAAUUCAUACAGAAGAAACCACUGAUGACAUUCUAAAUGAUCAUGAGCACUUAUCCUGAAUUAUUCUUCAUUACUAAAAAGGUAAGUAUCAGAGGAGAUAGCCAACAUUUUAACAUAUAUAAGAAAUACUUUACCAAAAGAUAGCUCCUUAAAUAUCUCUGAAUAUUUAUCAAAAUCAAGAAAUUAACGUUGAUAUAAUGCUAGGAUUUAAUCUGUGGAGCUUGUUCAUAUUUUACCAGUUUUCCAAAUGAUGCCCAUUACAGCAAAAAACAAAACAAAACAAAUACAAAAACCUAGUAUCAUGCA